AUGUGUGGUUUGAGGGAGUUGAACCCUAAUUACAAACAUUCUCUCUCCACAGCAAGCAGUGGUACAGUGACUAUCAAUGCUGACUCUACAGUUCAAAUUCUGGCUGAGGAAGCUCAUCCUUUGGAUAGAUUUGACCCUCAAGCUGUUAGUCAACAGUUAGAGCAAGCUCAACAAGGUUUAUCAAGUGCGUCUGGUGAGGAAGAUAAAGCCAAGGCACAGAUUGCUGUUGAGUGUUUAGAUGCACUCAACAAAGCUCUAGGACACUGACAAUAACUUACCUUCUCUCUUUUAACCUGAGUGGAUUAGAGAAAGGAUUUGUAAUGUUCUUACCCCAGUGGAAUUCAAGUAAUUUGUGACCUCCAAAGUUAAUUGAACUAUCAAGCUUUGGUACUUGUGGUUUGUAAUGAUCAAACAAGUUUUGUUGAUUUGUAUCAGCUGCUCUUCGUGACAUUUGCAUAUUUUGAGAAAGUGUUUACCAACUUACUCAGGUCUUUCAUUUGCAAUGGCUUUUUCUCUAGUGUCAUUAAAUCUUGUCAUCAUUCAGACCACAGCAGUGGCUACAAUUUGAACUGAUUUUCAUGGUGUCAUUUUGUCUUGAAUAAACUUUAUUUGGUGCUUAUACUUAC